UGCGGGAAGUAAAAGCACUUCCUCCUUCCUAUCACAGCUGUAGUAGAGAAAUCAGCCAGUCUAACAGGAGCGCUGACAUUCUUGGCAAUGGGGACCCUGAAGGUCGUCCGCCGCUGUUUCUGCUCACUUCCCUGCGCGUCUUAACGGUAACGGCCGAUGUCACCGGGUUCAACCAGGAAAACUGUUCAGUUUUUGUGACUAAAAGCGGUCGGAAGUCAGGUCUUUGUAGCACAAUGGCUGCGACGUAGCGCAACUUUUUUUGUCCUUUUUUUUUUGGUGGAUGAUCGACAGCGUUCGUUGGUGCCGCAAACUUUUUACGGACUUGUAGGAAGAAGCUCACGAGACUUGCAACAUGAAGAAGCAGUUUAAUCGUAUGAAGCAACUUGCCAACCAGACUGUUGGAAGGGCUGAAAAAACUGAGGUCCUGAGCGAUGACCUCCUGCAGAUCGAGAGGCGGCUGGAGCUGGUUCGUUUGGUGUCUCACAACACGCACAAGAGGCUGGUGUCCUGUCUGCAAGGUCAGCUGGGCACAGACACAGAGAAGAGACAUAAAAAGCUGCCCUUGACCGGGCUGUCCCAGACCAUGCAGGAGGGUGGCAGCCAGCUUGGAGAAGAGGGUUUGAUUGGCAAGAUGAUGGAUGUGUGUGGCGAAGCCGAGGGCAAGUUGGCUUUUGAGCUGCUGCAGCAUGAAAUGCAGAUGGAGAAAGACAUUCUGGAUCCUCUCAACCAGCUGGCAGAGGUAGAGAUUCCCAACAUACUGAAACAGAGAAAGCAGCUUGCUAAGCUGGUUCUCGAUUAUGACUCUGCUAAAACACGGUGGUUACAGGCGACCAAGUCCACCAAUCCAGCCAUGGCAGCUAAAGUUGACUCGCUCAAAGACGAGAUGGAUGAGGCACUCAAUAAAGUAGAAAUAUGCAAGGACCAGCUCUCUGCAGACUUGUACAACUUUGCUUCUAAAGAGGGAGACUAUGCACGCUAUUAUGUGAUGUUAUUAGAGACCCAGGCAGAGUACCACAGGAGGUCUCUGGCAGCUCUGGAAGUAGUUAUACCCACCAUCCAGACACAGCAAGACUCCUGGAUAGAGAAGCCGGCAUUUGGCACGGCGCUGGAGGAGCAUCUGAAAAGGACCAACCGUGAGAUCGCUCUGCCGAUUGAGGCCUGCGUCAUGAUGCUGCUUGAGACCGGCAUGAAGGAGGAGGGUCUAUUUAGAAUUGCUGCUGGAGCUUCAAAAUUGAAAAAGUUGAAAGCAGCGCUGGACUGCUCCACCUCACAGCUCGAGGGCUUCUACUCUGAUCCCCAUGCCGUGGCUGGAGCUCUCAAGUCCUACCUCAGGGAACUUCCUGAACCUCUAAUGACAUUUAGCCUUUAUGAUGAGUGGAUACAGGCCUCCAAUACCUUAGACUCUGACAAAAGACUUCAGGCCUUGUGGGUGACAUGUGACCAUUUGCCAAAGGCCCACAAAGCCAACUUCAGGUAUCUGGUGAAGUUCUUGGCUAAACUGGCUCAGGACAGUGAUGUUAAUAAAAUGACUCCCAGCAACAUCGCAAUAGUCCUGGGGCCUAACCUGCUGUGGUCGAAGACCGAAGGGACGCUGGCAGAGAUGGCAGCAGCUACAUCUGUGCAUGUACUUGCCAUCAUUGAGCCUAUUAUCCAACACGCUGACUGGUUCUUCCCUGAAGAGGUGGACUUCAACGUGUCAGGCAUGUUCUCCUUGCCCAGCCAUCCACCCACCCCGGACCCCGAACCUAUCCUGGACAGGAAACGCCCCGGCAGCAUGGGGCAGGACGGGGACAGUCACACCCCUCGUAAAGACAGCCCUGUUAACAAACAGCCGGAGCCCGCUCCUCGCAGAACCAGCGUCUUAAAUAGAAAGCAGUCACCACUAACCUCACCCACCUUCCAACCCCCAUUACCCCCUCUGGAAGCCGGGACUCCUACACAGCUCGAACCCCAUCCUCCUCCUCCUCCUUCAGAGGCUGAGCAGCCUGGCUUGAGUGUUGCUGGCAGUGGUGGUGGUGGUGGUCUGGUUGGUGGGGUCCAGGUAGCCACAGUGCAACAUCAGGUUGUAACCCAGCUCAGCACAGAGGAGAGCAGCCCGGCCCGUGAGCACAUGUCCACCCCGCCUCCGCAGAGGAAUGGUUCAGCGGUCCAUCUCGCUGUAGGAACCCCACACCCUCAGGGAAGCUCCAAAGGGCCUAGUCCACACAUGGUCCGCAGAGGCACCAAGAAGCAAGCCCCAGCCCCACCCAAACAGGCCAGCCCGUUCGCCUCUCAGCUCAGUAACACCCAAGCACCCGGUUCCCCGCAGCACCCACCCAUCACGCCCCGUCGUGUCCACAGCAAAGAUGCCCUAAUCCAAGCUCCGAGCCAUCCACCCCCACAGCCGCCUACACCCCAACAAGCCCAGGGAGAGUCAGAGCACUCUCCCCCUAGCAGUCCCACCCCUCCUGACACUCCGCCGCUCUUCCACUCCGGAUCUCUCCCUCGACCCUCGAGGCCAGCUCCAAAACCGAAACCCCGUCCCAGCAUGCCACCGCCUCCGCAACCGGCAGCAAAUGACAGCGGCAAUGGCAUGUUCAACUCGGCCUCAAAGAUCAUAACAGAUGUCUGAGCUGCGGGCCUGCCUGUAAGAUGAGCUUUGUAAGGCAGGUAAUGGUAAGGAUCUGAUUGGCUGAUGCAUUAACCUCGGUCUGUGUCUACUGCAUGUGCAUCUGUCUGGGGGAGAGAAAAGUGGCGUGUGUGGGCGUGCACAUAUACAUUUAUAUGUAGGCUUGGUGCUUUUGUCCUAGGCUUUAGCUAUGCUUUGCAACAACACUAACAUGCUUGCAAUUUUUUGUAUUUGUGGUUACUAACACAGAGAGAGAGUGUGUGUGUGUGUGUGUGUGUGUGUGUGUUCUCUUGAACGAUUUUUUUUUUUUAAUAAUUUGCAUUGCAUUUAAAGAUUAACACACCAAGGAAACUCUCAUGACUGCCACACCAACUAAAAAGAGUUACUCAAGUAGUGCUGGUUAGAAUAGAUUUAUUUAUGAGAGCAAUCCUUGGUGUCUUGCUGUGUGUGCGUGUUUGUAUGUGUGAGUGUGAGCUCCCCGGUCUAAAACUGUGUGUCUAUAUAUGGUUUGGUUUAUUGAUUUGUUUGCUGACUGGUUCCCUUCAACAUCCUCUCCAGAAGGAGGCCUGGUUCUAAAGGGGAUUGGAAGAGCCAUCAUUCCUGAGGUGAUUGAGGACGAAGAAAGGGAAAGCUCUGCUGGUCAAGAGCCUGCCACCGCCACUACUACCACUAACACCCCCCCAGCCCUGAACCCAGACCCCAGCAUCCAGACAGAGAGCACCGCUUUUUAAAGUCUGGGCUUGACUGUUUAUGAUCAAACAUAAGACGGGGUAACUCAAAAUGAAAUCACUCCGGCUCUUCAAGUACCGCUCACAUGAUGUCAGAGUGUCGCUGGAAACGAAUGGCUGCCUUUUCCUCUGCUAUACUGACUCACACCAGAAACCUCAUCUUAAGUUAGUCGUUCAGACCACAAGGGCCCUGUCCAGCUAUCACUUUCCACAUUAGACUGCACAUUAAACGGUUUGCUCCACAUACUGCUUGGGUAUUCUCUGAUUGGACUGCAGGGCCUUGUGAGGAACAAGGCUAGCGGGGCUUUAACAUAAAACCUCAGCAAUAUCGCAGCUGAAUAUCGCAGCUGGCUUCAGAAUGCUGGUAAAGUUAAUCUUUUUAUUUUUUUUUAAAACUAUUACUAUUAAAUCUUCAAUUAUGCAAAUACUUCUUUAAAAUGUGAAUCUGGUUUUACCACAUAAACCCAAAUAAAGAAAAAUUUUCAGUGAGUAAAUAAUUCCCUCAUGUCCACAGCAAUACUAUGAAGGACCAAAGGAAAUGACUGUUAGUCAAAGCAAACUGAGUUCAAAUGUUGAGCCAUUGUUAUGGUUGCUAAUGACCAAAUAUUUUAGUGUGAGUGCAAUAUAACAGUUUCUCUUCCACUGCUGUCCCAUCCCAGCGUGCACACACUGCCAUUUAUUAGUUAUUCAGGGCAGUUUUCAGUUUGAAUUUUCUUUGAUUUCCAUGGACCUGAUUCACAAAGCUGACAAAAAUAUAACUGAUUUUUUUUCUCCUGCUAAAUGUAACUGAUCAUUUUUCUAUCACACUCAAAAGCUAUGACCAAACUCCAGCAUGUGAUUAAAAUUUGUAGAAUUUUUUUUUUUUUUACUAUGGCUCAUUAGCUUUGCCUUAUUUUCAGCUUUUUUUUUUCUUUUCUUUUUUUGGUUGUUUAAGCAUUUUUAUGGUGGUUCUUCUGCACAAAAUACACUGCGCAAUGCGUUUUUGAUCUAAAUAAAGAUUGUUCAACAGUU